GACAUAAAAAGAGCGAGAUUUCUAUCCGAACGUGCCGGUUGUUGUUUAUUAAUGCAAAAUAAUAAAUAACAAAUAUAAUUAACCUGCAUAAUUUUAUGCAAAAAUGUGGCAUAGAAUAUAAUCAUACAUUGUAUUUUUCUGCGAAAAAUUGUCUCGUCUACAAUUUUCGAAACUAGAAACAACGAGAAAAAGACGAGCAAGUCAUCAUCAGGUUAUUCAUUAACUUAUGCAACAUGAAAAUAAACGUAGAUAAUUCUAUAUAUUUUUGUCAUUUUUAUGACAUAUCAUGCAACAUGAAAAUGACUUGGUGUACUUCAGAUGUAAACUACUAUUAUAAAUGUCUAUAUCCUGAUAUAAGUAAUAUAUAUUCGCGAUCAGAACGCCUUCCAGUAGUUGAAAAUAUGCGAACGAGUGUGCAUCCAGUGUUUGUCUUAUAAUAACGUUCUGAUUGUAACAUAUACAGCGGAAGAAGAUUGUUUUCAACAUACAUCUCUUUUACACGACACAGAAUUUUGACAAAAAUCUCGACCAGCGAUGUUAGUUGCAGAAUUAAUUGGAAUACUUAUUGUUGCUCUGAGUGUUGUAUAUAUUUAUUACAAAUAUGUACUGUUCAAUUUCUGGCGCAAAAAGGGUGUUUUUUAUGUGGAACCCUUGGUACCAGCUGGUAAUUUAACUGCUUUCGUGACUGGAAAAUUAUCUGUAGGUGAACUUUUCCGCGAUGCCUACUUAAAAUAUAAACACCAUCGUGCCUUUGGAAUGUAUACAUUUUUCAAGCCAAACCUGGUGAUUGCUGAUCUCGAUCUUAUCCGAACGGUAUUGACGAAGGAUUUCGGUAGUUUUCAUGAUCGUGGAAUGUACUGCAAUGAGAAAAUUGAUCCAUUGUCCGGCCAUUUGUUUUUACUGCCUGGAAAGAAAUGGCGAAAUCUUCGUGUUAAGUUGACACCUACUUUUACUUCCGGAAAGAUAAAACAAAUGUUCAUGAUUCUGAAGGAAUGCAGUGAAGAAUUCGCAAAAAGUCUAGAAAGUAAAGCUCAAACGAAAGAUUGUAUCGAGAUAAAGGAUAUCUUUGCAAGGUAUUCAACGGAUAUAAUUAUGUCUGCGGCAUUUGGAAUCAAAUCUGACUGUAUAAGCCAACCGGAUAACGAGUUCCGAUAUUGGGGAAAAAAGGUCUUUGAAGAAAAACCCUUUUGGAAUGCUAUAUUAAUGUUUGCGCCCCAAGUUAUGGAUUUUUUUUCUAUCCCUUUUAACGACCGAGGUGUUAGUAACUUUUUUACGAAAAUGUUUCGAGACAAUGUGGAAUACAGGCAAACUCAUAAUGUUAUCAGGCAUGAUUUUAUGAACUUACUUAUACAACUCAUGGAAAAGGGUUAUGUUGAACCUGAUGAUGAAAAGGAUAUCAAUAAUGAAUCUUCAACUGCGACUAAACUCACUAUACUAGAAGCUGCUGCGCAAGCUUAUGUCUUCUUCUUGGCUGGUUUUGAAACUUCAUCAACUACAGCGACGUAUUGUCUAUACGAGUUAGCUCAAAAUCAGGACCUACAGAAUAAAGUUUGUAAGGAAAUUGACGAAAUGUUAAAAAAACACGGUGAAUUAAACUACAAUGCGGUAAACGACAUGACAUAUCUUCAUAAAGUCAUAAAUGAAACUAUGAGGAAAUACCCGCCUGUACCCGUCUUGAAUCGAGUUUGCACUAAAAACAUAAAGCUUCCAACAACGAAUAUUCAUGUGCCAGAAGGAACUUUAAUUACAAUACCUGUGUUCGGAUUGCAUCGUGAUCCUUCAAUAUAUCCGGAUCCAGAUAAGUUUGAUCCUGAGCGAUUUAAUGCUGAUAAAGUAGCAGCCAGGCAUCCUUACGCUUAUUUACCUUUUGGGGAAGGACCACGAGUUUGCAUUGGUACAAGAUUUGGCUACAUACAAACAAAGGUUGGUCUUAUAAGUCUUCUGUCAAAAUUCAAGUUCACACUUCAUCCACAAACUCCAGUUCCGCUAUCUUUCGAGGAAGCGCCUAUUGUGCUCACAGCCAAAGGUGGUAUAAAUCUUACUAUCGAGUUGCGAUGAAAUAACAUAAUUGCGUUCUUAUUUAAAUUGGAUAUUUGUAUUUAAUAUAUAAUAUUAAUAUAAUUAAUUCGUAUUUGUGGCUGCGUUCAGCAGAAUGAAGCGCUCAAUAAGUGAUGCAUUGCAACAGUUGAGAGUGGUUUGCUGAACGCUAUUUUAGGGUACGCUAUUUUAAUGCUUACGUUUUACAUCAGUAAACACGUUGAGUAUCACAGCGCUUGCUGAACGCAGUCAUUAAGUUAACUUGAAAUAAAAAUUAGAUUUGUUUUGUCUAAAAAUCAUGGAUCCAUUAUUCGUCCAUGGCUGCGCAGAGUGCUUUGCGCAGCACACGUACGCGAUUCUCACUUGUGUGUGCAUCCGGUUGCUCGUUGCUCGGGUCUUCAAUCUGGCAGCUCUGAUGGGAAGGAGCUUUCUAGUUUGUAAAGUUCAAUGGUUUUAGUUCUCCACAAUGCUCCACAAAAAGGAUGACAGCAAGAAUGUGUUUUUGAGUUAUUUGUAAUGUAGAAUGAAAGAAAUAGAAAAAAUAUCUUUCUUUAA